GACCGAGCCCUCUCGAAGCAUCUGGCGCUCAGGGCUUUGAGAACCGGUCCCGCUGCGGGAAGGGGAGGGUUGUCCAGCAGAGGUGCCGCCUCCCCCGAGCUUUUUGCUCUCGGUGGGCCGUGCCCUCUCUUCUCGGGAAGCGAGGGGGAGAGUGAGAGAGGGUGGUGAAAGAUGCUGUGGCUGCCUGUCGCCUUCCAGUUGGUGCUGGUGCUGUGCAGCCAGGGCACGGAAAGGUGCCCGUCAGCCUUCUGCGAGUGCUCCGACUGGGAUGACUACAAAAUUACUUGCAGGAACAUUCACUUCAUUCCCAGCCUUCCAGAGGACACUCAGACCCUGAGGUUUAUGGAGACUCACCUAAGAACAAUUCCAAGUGAAGCAUUUUCUAACCUCCCCAACAUCUCUAGAAUUUAUAUCUCCAUAGAUGAAACACUUCAGAGUCUGGAGGCUCACUCCUUCAACAGCUUAAGUAAAGUCACUCACAUUGAAAUUCGGAAUCUUAGAAACUUAGAUUACAUAGAUCCAGAUGCCUUUAAGAACCUCCCACUGUUGAAAUACCUUGGUAUUUUUAAUACUGGACUCAAAGUAUUUCCUGGCCUCACUAAAAUCUAUUCAUCUGAUGUGAACUUUUUACUUGAAAUUGCAGAUAAUCCUUUCAUGACAUCAGUGCCUGCAAAUGCUUUCCGUGGGCUCUGUAAUGAAUCUCUGACUCUCAAACUCUACAAUAAUGGUUUUACCAGCAUCCAAAGCCAUGCUUUUAAUGGGACAAAUCUGGAUGCUAUAUAUCUGCACAAGAACAAGUACCUGAAAGUUAUCAAUGAAGAUGCAUUUCUGGGAGUGCAUAGCGGACCAACUCUACUGGAUGUCUCCAGAACAGUCAUUGUUAAUCUUCCUGUCAAAGGAUUGGAAAGCCUUAAAGAACUAAUGGCCCGAAACACAUGGACUUUAAAGAAAUUACCAGCUGUAAAGAUAUUUCUUCAGCUAAUUCGAGCUGAUCUGUCCUAUCCAAGUCACUGCUGUGCUUUCAAGAACUGGAAAAAAAACAGUGGACUUCUGGAGUACUUGAUGUGUAACCAGACUGGCAGUCACAGUUUUCGAAAUAGAAGAUCGUUCAGAGGUAUCAGAGGACCCUUUUACAAAGAUUAUGCAGAAGAAUACACAGACCGCACUGAUACUGUUUAUGACAAAAACACCAAGUUCAGAAAUUUCCAUGAAAAUUCCCAAUAUUAUAUAUUUUUGGAAGAGCAUGGGGAAGAAAAUGUUGGGUUUGGCCAAGAGCUCAAAAACCCUCAAACUGAAGACGUGCAGGCCUUUGACAGUCAUUAUGACUACCUUGUCUGUGGAGGCAGUGAGGAUGUAAUAUGUACUCCAGAGCCUGAUGAGUUUAACCCCUGUGAGGACAUAAUGGGAUACCAGUUUCUGAGGAUUGUAGUAUGGUUUGUGAACUUGCUGGCUAUCGUAGGUAAUGUUUUUGUCCUUUUUAUCCUUCUAACCAGCCAUUACAAACUGACUGUACCACGCUUUCUUAUGUGCAACCUGGCCUUUGCUGACUUUUGUAUGGGGUUAUACCUUCUCCUGAUUGCUUCAGUGGACCUCUACACCAGGUCAGAGUACUAUAAUCAUGCUAUAGAGUGGCAAACAGGGCCUGGUUGCAACACAGCAGGUUUUUUCACAGUCUUUGCUAGUGAGCUUUCUGUAUACACACUCACUGUGAUCACCCUGGAGCGCUGGUAUGCCAUCACCUUUGCCAUGCAUCCCAAUCGAAAGAUCCGCCUCCGGCAUGCUUUGAUUAUCAUGCUGGGAGGUUGGCUCUCAUGCUUUUUUCUUGCCCUUUUGCCACUGGUUGGAGUCAGCAGCUACAGCAAAGUCAGCAUCUGCUUACCUAUGGACACUGAAACACCAGUGGCUGAAGCCUAUGUUGUCUUUGUUUUAAUAUGUAACAUUAUUGCUUUUGUCAUCAUUUGUGCCUGCUACAUAAAAAUCUACAUCACUGUGAGAAACCCUCAGUACAAGUCAGGAGACAAAGACACCAAAAUUGCCAAGAGGAUGGCUGUGUUGAUUUUCACUGACUUUCUGUGCAUGGCUCCUAUCUCUUUCCAUGCUCUAUCUGCUAUCAUGAACAAACCACUGAUAACGGUCACUAAUUCCAAGAUUUUGCUGGUACUUUUCUACCCACUCAAUUCUUGUGCCAAUCCAUUUCUAUACGCUAUUUUCACCAAAGCUUUCCGAAGAGAUGUGUUUAUUCUCCUAAGCAAGUUUGGUAUAUGUGAGCAUCAGGCUCAAGUCUACAGAGGUCAGACAAUCUCAGGCAAAAACAGCAGCGGCUCUUACGGCCAGAGAAUCAGCCGAGGGAUAGGUCAGAUUCUUACAAGUAUCCAAGACCCAGUCAAUGAUUACCUUCCUGCUAUGACAAUGCAAAACCAAAUUCUCGUGGAAGAAUGCAGGCAAACUGAGCUGUGAUGUCUCAGUCUCAAAAUCACAAUUUGGUCAACAUGUUGUUGUGUACACAGCAGAAGGAGCAAGAAGUGUACAUUUUCUGCCUGUUUUCCCCUCCCCUACCUUUGUGAUGGCUGAUGUACCUUCUGAAAGACAACUCUUUCACUUGAAACUUCUUGUUUCACAUUCGCACCAGUGCAGGUCACAAGAUGCUGUUCCAAUUAUUUUGCUGGAAAUAGAUGGGAAAGUUAUAUAUACAUAUAUAUAUAGGAAAAAUAAUGUAUAGAAAAAGACAGCAACUAUGAAAUGUACCCUCAUCUAAAGAAAAUAAGGAAGGAGACCAAGCAUAAAAUGUCGGGGAACUUUUAUGACUGAAAAAGAAUGUAAUUGUAGAGAUAAAGUGAUAUUUUAAGAUAUCAGUUGAUAGCAGAUGCCAAUUGGCUAUGUGUGAAAUGAUUCAGUUUUUUUCUUCUAAGUGCAAAUUCCUAAAACUUCAACCAAAGCUAAAAUGGAACAAAUUAUUUCUGCCUCUACCACCCUGACAUGCAAUUCAUCAGUUUUUGGUUUAGUUGGGUGAGAGGCCUCUUCACAUUACAUUCGUAGAGAUAAAAGGCAAAUAUCAUUGUCAGUACUGCAAUCCAUAACUGAUGACAAACUUGGGCAUUUGUCCGUGCCUGUUACAAAAAAUCUCUUGCUAUCACGGUUUCUCUCACUUUUUCAUGAAUAGGAGAUUGUUUUAGUCUGAAUUUCUUUUGAAGAUCAGCCUACCCAAUCAAGUUAAUAAUCUUCAUAUUUUUUGCUGUCUAAAACCUAAGACUGUAGUAAAUUUUAACACCACCUCAUUCUUUACCUAACCCUAGUCCUGUUUAGUCCAAACAUCAGGAAGCACUUCACUGCUGUAUGUGUGGCUGACCAUUGGCACAAGCUGCCCGUAGAGGUGUGAAGCCUCCUUGGAGAUCUCCAAUGUUCUCCUGGACAUGGUGCUGGGCAGCCUGCUCUGGUUGAUCCCUCUUGAGCAGAGGUCGGAGCAGAUGGACCCAGAGGUCCCAUCCAGCCACAACCAUUUUGUGAUUCCAUGAAUCUGCCCAUAUUUAUCCUCACAGAAUUGUAGGGGUUGGAAAGGCCCUCGGGAGAUCAUCUAGUCCAACUCCAUACUAAAGCAGGUUCCCUACAGUAGAUGGCAAGCAAAUCAUUCAGGUGGGUUUUGAAAUCUCCAAAGAAAGACUCCACAGUCUUUCUGGGUAACCUGUUCCAGUGUUCUGGCACCCUCAAAGUAAUGAUGUUUUUCCUCGUGUUUAUAUGGAACUCUGACUAUUUUUAUUUUUACCUUAAACUAAACUAGAAGGUUUAUUUCAUGGAAAUCAGGAAAUUGUAAAGAUGUGGUACGUUGAACUGAUUGCAGAAUGCUUUUCAAUUAAUGCAGUUACUUGCAGUCACUUUUGGAAGAUGAGUAUUUAUACAUUAUUGAACUUUUUUAACCUCCCAUCCCUUUGUUGUCAAUUGAAAGGAUUCUGUGAUAUUGCCUUUAAGAAGAAAACUAGAUUUCUUUUUUUUUUUUUUUUUGUCUUGUAUAACCUUUAUUGUGUUUAAGCUGAUAAAAAUAUUUUAAAAGCUAUGGGAAACAUCCAGGCAGUAGAAUUUAAAUAAUUUAUUUGCCAGAUUUUUACUUGUAAAUAGUUGUAUCCUAUAGACAUAUUCUCACAUUUCUGCUCUGGUCAGCUCCUUCAGCCAUUCUGCUUCUGCUUAUAUCCUGACAUACUUGCUCUUUUAAAUGUCUUAGCAAGAUGUACUCUUUCUGGAAUGAAGUACGUUUUUGUUGGUUUUUUUUUUUCCCCCUCUAGAAUACCUCAGGAAUAACUCAGAGUAUUGGAAUAAAAUGUUUUGUUUGAAAUUGUAAAAGGCCCAGAGAGCUUUUCUGAAUUUUUAAGCAAUUUUUUUCCUGCAAAAGAAGUAAAGAAUAUUUCUCCUGAACUUAAGACUCAUUGUUCUGCUUGGCAAUUGCAUGAUGGGUGGGUGUGCUUGGGGCAAGCACACGUGCCUGCCUGAUCUUCUGCUUCUCUUACAACAACUCAUUAGCUGAUCACAAUCAGGAUUUUUGCACAGACGGACUUUUAGGCUGCUCCAUUACAGCCACUUGCUUUUAUGUUCAAGCAGAUCCCCAAUUCAGACUGCAAAGGCAAUUUGGACUGUACCUUUCUUCAUCAGGCCUGAUCAUAGUGCCCUUGUAAUUUAAAAGCCAGUUGAGUGGAGAGCAGCACCAUCCCAGCUCACAACACCACCUCAGUGGAUCUGACUGUGGAUCAGAAGUAAGAGCACCUGCUAUAAGAGCCUGUCUGUCCUCUCAAAGCCCUGCACAGUAAUAGCAAGAGUCAUACUUUUCUGGGCUUGCCUAGGAUUUCAGAUGGAAGAACAGAAUGUAAAAAUCCAGUUUGUGAGUCGCAUAGAAGCAUAGAAUGCUUCUAUUUUCUCCACAUAAACUUCUGUGAUUCUAUUUGCAGGCACUGUGAAAGUCUUCUUCAUUAACAGAGUGAAGAAGAAAGCUGCAAAGCUGAGCUGCAGCCUUAGUUGUGAGAAUUUUGAGCUUUCUCUGAGCAAUUUAAACUGUCUGUAGCUGACCAGUACUGCCCUUUUCUCUCCAUCUGAAGACAGAUGCAUUUUCCUCAAUGAGCAAACAAGAUGCCACCCACUGUGUGUCAGCUACAGUCAAAGAAAAGCACAAUCUGCUGUGGAAUCCCAGAAUCUGAAAAUAGUGCAAGUAAUAAUAAGAAGUAAUUUUCAAUGCACUACCACUGCAUUUUGGCUUAUUAACAAAAAUGAAAUGCACUUUCAUUUCCUUUCCUGCCAGAUAAUUGAUACACUUAACGUUCACAGAACAGUCUUUGGAAAAUCUUGAAAAGUGGAGCUUGAUUUGAUCAGACCUAUACUUACAAGUUAAAAUUAACCAAACAUUCCUUCCAGGUUGCUUGGUUUCUGGCUCACGGUUGAAACUGGGCUAAGGCCUCAGAUUAGCUGGACAUCUAACCAUGUCUUUCUGUUGAGCAGCACUCCCUUGUUUCUUUGUAGAGAUUUUGUAAGCAUACGCUGUACUGCACUUUGAUGUAGGGUUUGUGGGCUAAGGCACAAUCUGUGAAGGGCCAUUAUCAUGCCCUGGAACAGAAGGUGGUUAAGAACUCUCAGUGACGCACACCAAGAUACUCUGACAUCACUGUAGACUUGUAAUUCAUAGUGUUUCAAUAAUGCAUCCAUAUCAAAUCUGAAACACUUUUUACCUGUUUACUUACUUCUAUCUGGCCCAACUUACUUCUGUAUGACUACAGUGAUGUGAAAGUCAACAAAUGGAGGCUCCAUGAAGUCAAUACACAGAGCUUUUUUUUUUUUCAGCAGAACCCAUCAAUUUUAACUUCCUUUUCCCAUUCUGCACACACCAAGUACACACCUUCAUAGGAAUUCCUACAGUAUUUCAAAUCAUCUCAGGCCCUCAGAUUCAAUAGGAUAUUAAUCCUGUGGAAAGCUUUGGUUUUUGUAACUUUCAGUCUUUUCUACCCUGAGAAUAAUAUCUAUUUAUAUAUUACAAAAAAAUAAAUAAAUAAAAGUCUCAUCAAAUACAGCAUAGAAUCAGGAACUCACUUGGGCCAUCCUAAACUUGCUCCUUCCAAGAGCCCAUCUUCUACAGGAUUAAGUCACCUUGAAACUAACUCUGCUUGUGUCAAUGAAAUACCCAACAGCUGCAUGGUUAUGUUUGUGCUGCUUGUACAAUGUCGUCUGUAGUUUGACUGCAGUCAAAGAAUUCCCUAAAUCAUAUACAGACUACUGCUGCUGCCUAGAGGGAACUAUGGAAACAACAGUUUAAUUCUUUUUAGUCAGCUAUUGACUUCCAGUGAAAUCCAGCAAUUAUGUAUAUUUUGAUCAAAGAAUUAGAAGUGGCAGCUAACACUGGCUGAUGCAUUUUCCCACAAAAGGCACUAGACUUUUUUUUGUUCCUUAUAUACACUUCUCUUUAUACAGCUAAGCAUAUUUGCAUUCUAUCUCAACUUUUAAAGAGGUCUGGCUACUUUAUUCUGUGUUCUCUGUUUCCUUUUUCCAGAAGCUCUUUAAGUCUCCUUCCCCAACCAGAAAUCCUGUGCUCUCUAUGAAGAGCCACUUUACAUUUUACACAUACUUACUGCCUAGUUUAUCUAAGCUGCAAGGCAACACACUCAUAGACACCUCAGCGAGACUUUAGAGACCUGUUUAAAGGUAUGACAUCAAAGCAACCUGGUGCCUUGCUUCCUCUCUGCGCCCCACUGAAAGCAACUCGUGAAGUGCACAGAAUUGGCUGCAACAGGAAUACAUUUUUUAACCAAACAGCUUUCAGCACUGGUAUUGCAUCAUCACACUUAUGAAGCAAUUUGUUAUCUCUGGGCACACACAGGAAAAUUUACUAGAUGCUGCUUUAAUGUUCAUGGAGAACAGUUUGUCAGAAAUAUUAUUCCUGGCACCAACUAUUUACUAUUAUUAAUCUUGCUAAAAGCUCCAACAAGGCAAGCCCAAGAAAGAAUCUCCAAAAUUUGACUUUUCUAAGCAAUGGGAAACCCAAGACAGAACAAAACCUACAAGAAGCUCCACGAGAUGAAAACUUCUCUGCUCCCCAGCACACCAUUUCUCAGAAAACAUUACUCGAAGAAUCUGACCACACCACCAGCACUCAGGCUGCUCCUAUGAGGGAAAAACUCUGUGUGAGAUCUUCAGGUGCUGCUCAGGCAGACACAAAGCCUUAUCUGCAGGGACCUCACAACAAGAUUCCUAGGAGAAAUGGGAACAUCUCUUUUAGAAAAUUGAGGAAGAAACGUGGUUUAAUAGGAAAUAUCACCUUCCUUAUUUUGUCAGUCCAAACAAUUUCCUCCAUCAACUUAUGUCUGCUAGGUAGGAUAUACUUACGUCACCUUGGCUUUAAAUCUUCUCCAGUACCGCGUGGACUCUUGCACCUUGAGAAGCAGAACCCCAUCUCUCCUGGGAAACCAAACGCGUCUCCUCUUCCAGUUGUCUAGAGGACUUGUCUGCAGUGCAGUUGCUUUGUAUGGCACCUCUAGCAAAGGAAAAGCAUUUCUAACUAGACAGAAAUCAUGCAUCUGCACUUUUGUGGUUAAAGGUUUUGUUUACAAUAGGCUUUGUUUUGCAUUUGUUACUGAAGUGCAUUUUAUUGAACAAGAUAUCUGCUGUAUUCAAUUUCAGUAACUUUUUGUACAAAACUGAACUAAGAUUGAAAAUGUAAACCAAAUGCACUCAGAUGCAUUUUUAAACAAUAAUUAUUGCUAAAAGGCAUUUUAAAGCACCAGCUCACCUGUAUCUGUCUUUAGAGGGGGGAUUUUGAACUCCAGAAACUAUUGGGCAACUCAAUAUCCUCUGGAAAGCCAAGUGUAUUUUUCAGUAUUUGUUCUCCCUGUAUGACCUCCAGAUUAUCCUUUUUCAAUUUAAACAAGGACAGGCAUAUUUUACCAUGCAAAAAGAUUUAAUUGCACAAGCAUGUCACACAAAAGUAAGUGGGAAAGUUUGUCAUAAAACUACUUUUCUGAUUGUUAUAUAGCCACAAUAAAGAUAAAAAA